AUGUGUGGGAAUCAAGGUGCUGUGGGUUUAGCAGGAGAGGAUGGCUACCCUGGGUCCUCUGGCUUCAGUGGACAAAAGGGUGUCCCAGGAGAUCCAGGCCAGCCAGGGCCGUUGGGAGCCCCAGGGUUGCCUGGUAGUCAGGGUCUCCCAGGUCCUCAGGGGCGUCCAGGGCUAGGAGGCGCUGCUGGCUUUCUGGGAGCUUCAGGAACACGGGGCCAGAAAGGAUUUCCUGGACCUCCUGGACUUGAUGGUCUAAAUGGACUUGGGGGGCCAAAGGGACCCACAGGAACCCCAGGUCUGGACCUCGAGGGCCGGCCAGGCUCCCUGGGUUUUCCUGGCCAGAAGGGGGAUAGAGGUUCUCCUGGGUUUGGAGCACUAGGCCUGCCAGGAGAGCAAGGUCUCAAAGGAGAGCCAGGUGUUCCUGGUCAGCCUGGACUUCCUGGUCGCCUUGGUCUACCAGGGACCAGACCACUCUCCAGCAUCCCAGGCCUUCCCGGAAGCACAGGCUUGCCAGGAUUAGAUGGGGAACCAGGUUUUCGCGGUCCCCCUGGGCCACCAGGCCCUCCAGGUUCAGGUACAGCACAAGGUGACAGGGGAGAUCCAGGAUUCCCUGGCUUUCCUGGAGUACUGGGCCCCCGUGGUGAUCCCGGCCCUAAUGGAUCUCCAGGGCUGUAUGGUGGUCAGGGGCUCAAGGGUGAGAGAGGAGACCGUGGGCUCAGUGGCCUCCCAGGACCAGAGGGCUAUCCUGGAGACCCCGGCUACUUUGGGGCCAAAGGACAAAAAGGGCAGAAAGGUCACCCUGGCCCGAAGGGCCCCCCCGGGAUGCCUCCUCUUAACAUCCAUGUCGACCUGCCUAAAGGCCCACCGGGCCCCCCAGGUGAAAGAGGGCAGAUGGGUCAUCCUGGACAACCAGGCCUACCAGGUCCAGUAGGCCUGAAAGGCAGAAGUGGUCUCCAAGGCAAGCCGGGAGCCAGUGGACCUGAAGGCUUACCAGGGCCCAGGGGAGACCUUGGCAUACCUGGUUUUCCGGGACAGACUGGGGAGCAAGGUUCCCCUGGCAAACAGGGCCUCCCUGGCCCCCCCGGUAUUUCGGCACGCAGCAGCAAUGUCGGCUACACGCUGGUGAAGCACAGCCAGAACAGCCAGGUGCCGCCAUGCCCCCAGGGCAUGAGCCGGCUGUGGGAGGGCUACAGCCUGCUGUAUGUGGAGGGCCAGGAGAAGGCCCACAACCAGGACCUCGGCCUGGCUGGGUCCUGCCUGCCCCACUUCAGCACCAUCCCCUUCAUCUACUGCAACAUCCACGAGGUAUGCCACUUCGCCAGCCGCAACGACAAGUCCUACUGGCUGUCCACAGCAGCACCCAUCCCCAUGAUGCCUGUGUCAGACGGGCAGAUCCCUAAGUACAUCAGCCGCUGCUCUGUGUGUGAGGCCCCCUCCCAGGCUGUGGCUGUCCACAGCCAGGACCACAGCAUCCCACCCUGCCCCCAGGGCUGGAGAAGCCUCUGGAUCGGCUACUCCUUCCUCAUGCACACAGCAGCAGGAGCAGAGGGUGGUGGUCAGUCCCUGGUCUCACCAGGGUCCUGCCUGGAGGACUUCCGUGCCACGCCCUUCAUUGAGUGCAGUGGCGCUCGCGGUACCUGUUACUACUUCGCCAACAAGUACAGCUUCUGGCUGACGACUAUCAAACCAGAGAUGCAGUUCGUUGAGGCCCCGGCCCAGGAGACCCUGAAGGCUGAACAGUUUCUCAGGCAUGUCAGUCGCUGUCAGGUCUGCAUGAAGAUACUGUAGCCAUGGCCACAAGAAGGCAGAGGAGCUGAGGAACCGAUUGGACAUUCAGCAGAAGACAAGGAACACGAGUGAGCAUUUGGGCCCUUCCGCUACAACAUCCAGAGCAUGGUCACCUUGCUGGGCAUAAUACCAUCAUAGCCAGGCCUCAGUGUGCUGGUUCUGAUCUACUGUAGGUCUUACCGUUAGUGAUUCUACAUGCGUCUGUUUCUCAUAGUCUGCCAUCUUUCAGUUACCCAGGGCUACUUCGCCAAGGACACUAGAGCAUUCUUGAACAAGCACUGAAUUGUUUUAUCUUUUUUAUACAUUUGUAAUUUAAACAUUUUGAUUGAUUGCCUGGCAAAAAAUUUAUUGAUUGAACUGAAGCCAAAGUAUUUUUUUCUUGUCUUAUCCCACUGAAACAGCCAUUAAAUUGGUCAAUAUGAGUGUUUUCUUGAGACGUUGGUUAUACUACAAAAAAGCAGCACUUUGUAAACUAUAAACUGUAACAAAGGUGGUUUUUGCACACCCCCUUCAUGACUUACAGCCGGGAGGCUUUGCAGGGUCACACUUCGUCCUCCUCAUAAUGAAAAGUCCUGAGUUGCUGCCAGCCUUUCUAGUUAAUUCUGUAACACCCCAGGUUUCUAGUUUUAGGGAUAUAGAUGGAAGCAUUCAGCGCUCAGCCUAAAUUGCCUUCAACAAUGAAUACUAAGUCUUUUUUUCUCGCAAAGCUGGACCAACACAGAUCAGACUGUAUAUUAAGACACUUCCAAAAUACAAACCCCUGGUUUCUUCUUGUGAUUUAUCAGUAGGAUCCAUUGUUCCCGCAUUCUGUGGAACUAAGCUACAGUAUGCGUGACCACUGUGGUGUCUGUCGUGGAGCAGCCCCUUGCUGGUCUCUGUUGAGCACACUGCCCCUUUCUCCUUCCUUUAAAUGCCUUUUAUUGUGUGCUAUUUACUAUACUGCAUCCCCUUGUUUAAAAAACAGCCAGACGGCAUACAGCAGAUUCCAAGGGCAGCACCUCUGUAAACUUGUUGGUGAAAAAACAGAUCAUACUUGAUAUUUUUGUCAUUAACAUGCCUUUGCUGAACACAUGCUUUAAUUUCAUUCAGUUGAUAUGUUUAUAUAUAAUUGUUUUUUAAUCAUGCCAGUGUACAGUUCCAUGCCAUAUAAAAAUAAAUACUCCUAAUUUCAA